AUGAAGCCCAACAUAAAUGAACAAUGUCUUGGACUCUUGGAAGCUGGAGGCGGUUUGACCCGUAAUGAAUCAACCCGACCCGUUCGCCCAAAUCUGGUCCAGAGCGGUUUGCCCGGAGCUCAAGAAACAUCCCUCCAUAAUUUUGCUUUUCUUAUUCUUCCUCAUCGUCAUUCGUUCCUUCAGCUGCUCUCACACUUCUUGAGCUUUGUUAAUUUCGCAUAUCAAAUUUCAUUGCUUUUCGUUGCCAAGGUUAUUGACAAUGAAGCUUGA